CAAAUCAGUGUGGUGAUGUAGACAGCCUGAUUUGCAUAAGCAGUAUAAAAGGCUCAGGCUGCCCGUUUGCCUUUACAGCGCCUUGAUUUCCACACACAUCUGUUUUCCCUGCUCUCUGCUGCGAAGUCAACCACAAAGAUGUCAGACAAACCCAAUCUGGAGGAAGUGACCAGCUUUGACAAGACCAAGCUGAAGAAGACAGAGACGAAGGAGAAAAAUUCUCUGCCUUCAAAAGAGACGAUCGAACAAGAGAAGAAGGCGGGCUCGUCAUGAAACUUCCUACCAAUACUCCACUAUGCACUGCACUGCCUUCAUCUUCUCACCUUUUCUUUUACGAAAAAUUAGUUUCAUUUCUUAAGACAAAAAACCCUAAAAUGCGUUCUGAUUGGACGAAACAAAACCGCCAUCUUGUGGCCCGUACCUCCUUUUUUUAAAUAAAAAAGAAGGAACACACCACUGCAAAGAAUGAUGGAUGGGGGAGUUCCUGAUGAAGAGGAUGAAGAGGAGGCGGAGCUUCAGCCUCAGGGCGGGGCUGAGACUUUGAUUGACAACUUCCUGGGACUUCACUUUCCAGACCCGGGCUGAUGAUUCUUGCUGUCAGAUGUUGAAAAUCAUGCAGUGUUUUGUUUUGUUUUUCAAGUUAAAUGUUUAAGAUUAUUUUGUAAUCUAAAGUUCAAACCUUGGAAUGCACAAUAUUUUGUUUAUGCAAAUAAAAGAGAAGAGAAAACCUG